AUGUACGAGAGCAACUUGGGACCGUUGCCAUUGUUCGAGACACCAUGGAGCAGGUGAGUUUUGAAUUUUAAUAUACGUUAUGUUUUCAUUUCUCAAAAUUAAAAAAAAAAAAAAAAAAAAAAAAUGUUUUAAAAUACGUUAUGUAGUUCCUUAAUUUUUAGAUACAUCUUGGUUAAGGAUACUAAAAAAAUGAUAACGCAAGGCAUCUUAAUCUUAAAAAUUUUUUUGCACAGUGCAAAAUUAAAUUUCUUUUGCACAGUGAAAAUUUCAAAAAAGUUAUUCUCUUUCUGCGCAGUGCAAAGUUCAAAGUUUAAAAAAAAUUUGCGCAGUGCAAAGUUUAAAAAACAGUUUUUUUUAGUGCACAGUGCAAAAAAAAUGUUUUUGCACGGUGCGAAGUUCAAAAAAAAAAAAAUAAAAAAAUAAAUAAAUAAAAUUUUGCCAAGUGUGCAAAAAAAAGAGUUAAAAAAAAAUUGUUUCUUUGUAAAAUACGGCAUGUUUUUGUGAGACACAAAAAAAUUGUUUCAUAGAUUUUUUUACGAUGUAAAAAUACGGAUUCAAAAGAUUUUUUUUGCCCUGUGCCCACAAGACCAUUGUUUUUUUUCUUUUUCUUUUUUUUUUGAAUGUAAAAUACGGCAGGCAGUUUCAGUCCUGAACUUAAAAUUACUUUAACAAAUAAAAAAUUUAUUUUUUUUAAUCCAUUUUGUUCAAAAGAAUUCUAUUUCUAAAAUUUUUUUUAAUGCACAGACGGUCCAAAAGUAGUGGCUUCAAGCUGGAAAAUAAGAGUAAAAUACGUUUACAAUAGGUCUAAUUUCUUUAAAAAAACUUUUUAAUGAAAAAAGAACAGUUUUUUUAUGUUUUUAUUUUUAAAAUACGCUUUUACAUUCUUAUUUAUUUAUAUUUGCACAGUGCAGCUAAAAAAUAAAAAAAAAGAUUUGAGCCGAGUUUUUCUUUUUUCUUUUUUUUUAAAGUAUUCCUCCAGGGAACACAUCGAAAAUUUUAUUAGCUUUUACCCCCCGUUUACGUUGUUAAUCAUCUCAGUAAAUCCCCAUUCCCUAAAAAUUAUUCCAUUCUUUUGCCCCAUAAACCCCGAUCAUUCGCUUGUUGCUCUAUUGACGUAUUGUUCACUCUCGACGAAAGACUUUACUUUAUGUUCGCUUACGUUGUAUUUGUUUUUUUAUUUUUUCGUUUUUUCAGAUUUUUAAAAUUUAUGGAAAAAAUAUUUUAUUGAAAUUUGAAAUACUAAUAGGGGAAGUACUCCAAGUGCGACGCUCAGAUUUUGAUGAAAAUUGGCACAAAUUUAGAAUAAUUUUUUCUAAGAUAUAUGCGAGAAUUGCAGCUCGCGUUUCGCAGAAACAACCGAGAUUUUUCGAUCGAAAGUCGGCCAAAAUUUAGAACUUUUUGCCGAAUUUCGGCACGAAAAGUCUCAUGCCUAUUUCAACCGUAAAGGAUAAUGUUUCUACAAAAAAUCAAAUUUUUCCGCACGAAACUGCCAAAGUUAUGGCCAAAAAAGCCAUUUCUCUCUGACCGCUCUCCAAGUUUGCUCUCUCGGAGGGAAAAAUCGUUCGAUAUCUCGGCGGCGCCCGCAAAGCGCGAGCUAAAACUUUCAGGAAUUGAUAUUUAGUCCAUUUCCGACGUGUGUGCAAAAUUUAAAGAAAAUCUGAGCGUCGCACUUGGAGUACUUCCACCGUAAAUAAAAAAUAGGCAGGAAAAUAUAAAUUUGGCAAUUUUUAAAAUACGAAAUGAUGACUUUUUUCAACCUUUUUCCGAUCAAAAAUCAUCAAAUAUAAAGCAAUAUCACCUGAACUGAACCGUUCUUCCCCUUUUCUGCGUCAUUUUUAAGAUUAAUUCGAGCAUUCGACAUGCUUCGUCUCACUUUUUACUCAUACUUUCGCGGAAAUCAGCUGUUCGGAGCAUUUUUUUUAUUGUCCCGACCACACCAUUCUCUUCACUCUUCGGCCCUCCGGAGGCCUUGUUAAUUUUGAUUUUUUGGGUGUUUUCGUAUUAGUCAGUUGUUUGGUUGGGUUUUUGGGGGUUCAAAAAUGUCGUUGCGGCGUAUUUUAACAACAAAAUCAGGGGAAAAAAACGUUUUUUGUAGAUGAAAUACGGGUAAAAUACGACGAGCUCAUCCUGGGGUUAACAUAUUUUUAAAAAAAUUUUUUUUUUUUUUUUUUUUUUUUAAUCCAAAAAUUUUGAAACUUUUUUUUUUCAAAAAUUCGGUCGAAAAUGGCUUGAAAUGGAAUAUUUUCAUGAUUCAAAUAAUACUAGUCCUUCCGAAAAGUCACCAGACUCAAAUCGGCGACACGCACUGUGCGAAAACAAAAAUUUUUUUUUGCACUGUGCAAAAAUAAAAAUUUGAUUUUUUGCACUGUGCAAUAGGCUUUUUUUGGGCUGUCGCUCUUUUUUCGCACAUUGCAAAGUCUAAAAAUCUGUCCGGUGACUCUCCGGGAGGACUUUGGCGACUGUGGACAAUUUUUUUUUUAAUUUUAUUUCAAAAAAAAAAAUUUCAAAAAUUCAAAAUUUUUUUUACCCAGAAUAGUUUGUAAUGAAAUAUUUUCCAUUUUAAAAUAACUUUUUUAUCAUUUUUUCAUAUUUUUUCCUAAUAAAUUUCAAAAAAAUCCAAUAAAAUCAAAGAUUUUCGCCGAAAAAAAUCGAUAGAAAACUCCUCUCUGUCAAAUAAAUUUGAUUAUUUUCGACCAAAAAUUCCAAAACAAUCAAGUUUUUAUGCUUUUUCAUCCAAAAAUCGGUCACAAAUUAAUUAAAAAUGAGCAUUUUUCCCAUAGAAAAGGCCACUAUCUAUGUGGAUUAGACUUUUUUUAUUUUUUUCUACAAAAAAUUCCAAAAAAAAUCAAAGUUUUUCUUCGAAAAAAUCCGCCAAAAAUUGCUUGAAAUUGAAUAUUUUUCUCUAUUUCUUCUCUCUGUUUUUAUUAUAAAUCUCCUUUUUAUUAUUUUCUUUGUCUUUUGCGCAAUCUUCCCCUUCAAUUUCUUUGAUUUUCCCUCUCGAAAAAUCGUAUCAGAAUAUAGUGUAAUUCUAUCGCCAACCACAAAUAUAAUAAAAAUGCGGAUCGAAAAAUGAUUUUAUGGCCAAAAAAUUAUAACUUUUUGUGGCCCAUUCGCAUGGAACAAAGGCGUGGGACGUGGCCGGGUUGUGGGAACAGAGGUGGUUUUUUUUUGGGAAAGGUGUUGGAGUGGUCAGAAGUGCCGACUUUGAAGGGUUUUAUGGGAUGGUCAAGUCAUAGCGGGGCCAAAAAGAAAAAAAAAGUUUUGACGAGUUUUUGCACGGUGCAAUCCGCGUCGCGGAGUGGCUUUGCGCGACAAACAAUCCGCACAGUGCGAAAUAAAAAUUAACUGUGCAGUUUGAUUUGGGCGACAAAUUUUUGAUUUCUUUUUUCAUGAGAAUUCAUCUUGCACUGUGCGUUUUUCCGUCGCAAUGCGACAAGUGUUUUCGCGCGACAGCGCACCGUGCAAACAUGCCGAACAUUUUGGAUCGUCUUCUUCGCACAGUGCAAACCGCUUCUUCACGCUUGCACUGUGCGCGGUCAGUUUUGCACUGUGCGUUUUUUCGUCGCAAUGCGACAAGUUUUUCGCGCGACGGCGCACCGUGCAAACAUGCGAAAACUUUUCUUCUCCCCGCUUUUGCACAGUGCAAACUUUUUUUUCAAGUUUGCACUGUGCGAAAAAAGCGAAAUGCACGGUGCGUUGGCGACAAGUAGCGAAAAUUCGAAACGCACUGUGCAGUUUCAUUUGGGCGACAAAUUUUUGAUUGCCCUUUUCAUGAGAAUUCAUUUUGCACUGUGCGUGGUCAGUGUUGCACCGUGCGCUUUUUCGUCGCAAUGCGACAGGUUUUUCGCGCGACAGCGCACCGUGCAAACAUGCGAAGACUCCUUGGGUCGCCUUCGCACAGUGCAAACCGCUUCUUCAAGUUUGCACUGCGCGAAAAGAGCGAAAUAGAAAAAAGUCUACAACUUUGGCAGUUUCGUGCGGAAAAAAUUGAUUUUUUGUAGAAACAUUAUCCUUUACGGUUGAAACAGGCAUGAAACUUUUCAUGCCGAAAUUCGGCAAAAAGUCCUAAAGUUUCGCCGACUUUCGACCUAAAAAUCUCGGUUGUUUCGGCAAAGCGCGAGCUAGGAUUCUCGCAUAUAUCUUAGAAAAAAUUUCUCUAAAUUUGUGCCAUGUUUCAUCAAAAUCUGAGCGUUGCACUUGGAGUACUUCCUCUGUGAGUUGGCGCGAAUUUUGGGCCAAAUCGCAUAGUGCAAAACGGUUCGUAAAAGAUACAGUCGCGCAACAUGCACCGUGCGGUGCGAUAAAGGAGGAAAAAGUCCACGCACUUGAUGAAAAUUCGAGUACUGCUCCAUAAACUUAAUUUCCAGGGCUCUCAUGCUACAACGUAUUUUACAUAAAUAUCUUUCUGGAUGAAUUCUGAACAAGUUUGUUAUCUAUUUCCUCUCUCAUUUUCCAUCAAUUUCAAUUUUACAAACCUACUCCUCGCCGCUUCUUCGGAACAACUUUAAUCAAACAAAACUGUCAAGAAACCAUUUGUUUUUUCGCUUCGCAAACGAUUAGCCCCAACCUUUCUCAUGACAUUGAACUUUGCAAACGAGAGAAGACCAAAUGAUUGCAUAGGGAUUACUUACUCAUCGGAGGCGAGUGAAUUGGAGAUCUAGCGGAAUUUAGUAUCUAUUUUUUUGUUGGAUUACUGUAGAUGUCAACUUUUUAGGAUAAAAAAAAUUUUUUGAAGGUGAAAUACGACGGACUAUUGCAAAAUGCCUUCUUUGAAAUUUAUAGAAAUGAAAAAGUAAAGAUUUUUCUUGCACUGUGCGGUCAAAAAAAUUCUCUUUCUGCACUGUGCAGUCAAAAAAUGGAUUGCUGUUUCGCACCGUGCAAUCAAAAAAGAUUAUUUUUUGCACUGUGCAGUCAAAAAAUUAUUGUUUGUCGCACUGUGCAAUGCAAUGAAAUUCUUUUUUUAUCGCACUGUGCGGUCAAAAAAUGGAUUGUUUUUUCGCACUGUGCAGUGAAAAAAUGGAUUGUCUUUUCGCACUGUGCAGUCAAAAAAGGGCUGUUUUUUGCACCGUGCAAUCAAAAAAGAUUAUUUUUUCGCACUGUGCAGUCAAAAAGUGGAUUGCUUUUUUGCACUGUGCAGUAAAAAAAUUGAUUGCUUUUUCGCACUGUGCAGUCAAAAAAUGGAUUGAUUUUUUGCACUGUGCAGUCAAAAAUUAUAUUUUUCUUUGCACUGUGCGGUCAAAAAAAGAUUAUUUUUCGCACCGUGCAGUGAAAAAAUGGAUUGUUUUUCCGCACCGUGCAGUCAAAAGUUAUAUUUUUCUUUGCACUGUGCAGUCAAAAAAAGUUUAUUUUUUUGCACCGUGCAGUCAAAAAAGACUAUCUUUUGCACCGUGCAAAAAAAUUUUUUUUUUGAUUUUCGAACCUUGAAAUGUCUUUCAACGAAAAAAAAUUGUUGAUAUGCUUUCCCAGAAAGGUGCCCCGCCGUGUCGCGAUCAAUCUUUCUCUCGCCUUGAUACUAAUUUAUGACCAUUUUCGGAGAUUAAAUUUUUUGCAGUAUUUUUUGUAAAACUGCUGGAGAAUGGUUCAGGAGGACGUAUUUUAAAAAUUUAUUAUUAAAUCAUAGCUUUUUUCGUAUUUUACAAAAAAAAAUUCUUUUUUAUUCCAAAAAAUCUCCGUAAUUUUUCGUAUUUUACGGCCUUGAUCGAGUGGAGAUGAAUCCCCGCGACCCCCGCGAUCAGUUUACGAUAUAAUUAUGGCUGGGAUUUGUUCCCGAAUUUAAUGAACCAUAAAAGCCCGGAGGCGGUUUCGAGGUCGUAUUUGAAUACGACCAUCAUCAUCGCUUUUCUUCUCCCCCCAAUUAAACGGUUUUAUUAUUCUGGCCGGCGAAGUUGUGUUGUAAUAAAACCAAUAUGAGCUGUGCUGUCGUUAUUUUUCGGUCACAGAGGCUUGUGUACAAGAAAUUUUCAUUUAUUUUUUGAGUGCACAGUGCAAACUUUUUUCACUUUUUGACUGCACAGUGCAAAAAAAAUUAUUUUGAUCUGCACCGUGCAAAAAAAUUAUAAUUUAUUUUGGGUGCACAGUGCAAAUUUUUGUUCAUUUUUUUGAUUGCACAGUGCAAAAAAAAAUUAUUUUGAUCUGCACCGUGCAAAAAAAUUAUAAUUUAUUUUGGGUGCACAGUGCAAAUUUUUGUUCAUUUUUUUGAUUGCACAGUGCAAAAAAAAUUAUUUUGAUCUGCACAGUGCAAAUUUUUAUUCAUUUCUUGACUGCACAGUGCAAAAAAAAUACUUUGAUCUGCACAGUGCAAACUUCUUUUUCACUUUCUGACUGCACAGUGCAGAAAAAUGCUAUUUUGAUCUGCACAGUGCAAACUUUUUUUUUUCACUUUUUGACCGCACAGUGCAAAUUCUCAUUUAUUUUUUGACUGCACAGUGCAAAAAAAAUCUUUUUGUUUGCACGGUGCAAAUGAUGUCGCAAGUUCACUUCUUGUCGCACAGUGAAAGGUAAAGCGAUUUUUUGCACUGUGCAGUCUUUUCGGUGACAGAAGAAGGUUUGAAAUUGGCUGCACAGUGCAAUAAAUUUUUCUUUUGCACAGUGCGAUCAAAACAAGUUAUUUGCACAGUGCAAAAAAUAAAAAUUGAUUUAUUUUUCGGCACUGUGCAAUCAAAAAAAUAUAUUUUUUUUUGCACAGUGCGAAAAAAUACAAAUUUAUGCCUUUUUUGCACUGUGCGAUUGAAAACAAGCUAUUUGCACAGUGCAAAAAAAAAAUAAAAUAAAAAUUGUUUAUUUCUUUUGCACUGUGCGGCCAAACAAAAUUUUUUGCACUGUGCGAUCAAAAACAAAUCUUUUUGCACUGUGCGAUCACCCGGAUCAAAAAAAAAUUUUUUUCUAUCAAAAAAUCCCGUCUGAUAAAAAAAUUGAACCCCACGCGCUUGCACGUAAUUUUCGCGUGCUCCCCGAUAUCCGGAUCGCUUCCCAAUCGCUAUCAGUUUCAGUGUUUUUCGAGAACUGUAUAUCCGCGCGCAUAAACAGAGGCCAGAAAAAAUAAACAUUGCGGAAAGGCUGAGGGGGAAAAAAUAAUAAAGCGAAACACUUGAGCGUGAACAGAGUUUUGGGGUCGGUCUUGAACACAUGCCUAGGAUAUUAGCAUUUUCAUAAAGUGCAUGGGCAUUUUUUCUGCUUUUGCAACGUGCAUUUUGAAUUUUUUCCCAUGCUUGGCGCCAACGCAGUUUUUAUAAGGGUUACGAGAUUUUAAGCUUGUUUUUUACAUGAACAGUAGACGUUUUUAGAUCAAAAAUUGCAAAAAAAUCGACGUAUUUCAGCGAUUUUCUGGAUGGCAAAAAAUUGGCAUUCUGUUUCACAUCCAGUGUGUAAGAUUUUGAGCAAAAAAACAAUCUUUUUUACAUAAAAUCGCCAAGUUACAGCCGAAAAAUUCCCAAAUUCCCCUCCGCCCGCUCUCCUAAUUUGUAUAUUUUUCGCACAGUGCACUUCGAACCUUUUCCCAUGCUUGUCGCAAAGGCACAGUGCAUUUUUCAUUUUUCUUUUUACGCACAGGGCAAACCUCAAAAAAAGCCGUUUGCACUGUGCAAAAAAUUGACAAAAGCUUUUGUCGCAGCGACAAUUCAAAUGCACGGUGCAAAAAUCGAGCUUUUUUUUGUGCACGGUGCGGCGAAAAAAGUCAAAUUUUGUUGACUUUUUUCGACCCCUUUUUCACACCGCACCGUGCAUGUUGCGCGACACGAUCCUUUUCCAAACAUUUUUGCACUGUGCAAUUUCUUUUUGCUCGCCCAAAAUUCGCACCGAAUCCAUUGAGAAAAGCUUGCGUCGCAGCGAUAUCCGCUUGCACAGUGCAAAAGGUCAAAUGCACGGUGCGAGAAUCGGGGGUUUUUUUGCACGGUGCGGAGUCGCUGAAGUGAUUUUAGCGACGUGCACUGUGCGAAAACAAAAUUUCAGUUUGCACUGUGCAAUUUUUUGUUUUUUGCACCGUGCAAUAGACUUUUUUGGGUUGUCGCUCGCACCCUGAAUUUUUUUGCACAGUGCAAGUUGCAGAAAUCAGCCCAACGACUUUUCGGACGGCUAUUUAUCCAAAAAAAUGAAUGAAAAUUUUUGGAAAAAUUAUUUUUGAUUUAUUCUUCGUAUUUUAGGCGAAUUUCUGUGCAAAAACUUCUUGAUAAUUUCCAAAAAUUGCGUGACAAAAAUCAUUCUUCCCUCCCAUUAAACGUUCCAUAUUCCCCAUUCCUAAUGAGCGCUCUUAAUAACCACCGCCGUCGGAUAUUAUGUUUACGAUGCGCUUUUGAUAUUAAUAGUCGAAAACGGGGCUCUCUUCCGACGCAUCCGUUUCCCGUCCGGGUGACCAUGACAUUGGAACACUAUUAGGGAGAUUUUUGGGAUAUGUUUUGUAUGAUAGCCGGCUGAAGGAUGCGUAUUAUAUAUGGGGUUUUAGAUGAAAAUUUUAAUAGGUUUAGGGGUAAAAUACGAUUUGUAAAAUGUUGGUCUUUGGUUAUUGUUUUAACAUAACCAUAGACAAACCUUAAAAAGUGCUAGCAAGAUUUAAAAAACAGUGGGCUUAACCGCGUUAAAUUUCACAAAAUCUCAAAUUUACAACAAAUUUUAUAGUAAAAUAUCUCAAAAUUUUAAGGCUGGAAUUUUCUUCAAAAUUUCCUUGUUUGUUAUACAUAGACCUCUUAUCAAUUCCUGAUAAUUUUGGCUCACACGUUUCAAGGACAUCUGAGUUAUUACCAUUUUUUUAAAGUCCAUGGGCAUUUACUAGUCGCGACAUAAAGUCCUGACACAUUUUGCACCGUGCGAAAGCUCGGGGUUUGGACGUCGUGCCCCCAAAUUCAUUUUGCACCGUGCAUUCUUCUUUCAUUUCAUCCGCACUGUGCAUCUUUUCGCAUUUGUCGCCGCGAUUUCCCGUUUUUGCGCUAGCGACGUGCACUUUCGCGCGCGACAAACCCGAAUUUGGGGGCGCGACGUCCAAAUCCCGAACUUUCGCACGGUGCAAAAUGUGUCAGGACUUUAUGGCGCGACUAGUAUUCGCGCCCCGCACGGUGCACAAAAAACACUCCAUUUUGCACUGUGCAUUUCACCUUUUUUUCUUUGCUUUUCGCACUGUGCACUUUCGAAAUAUCUCUGCGACAUUGAAAAGUUUGAUUCGUCGCUGCAUCGGCGAGACUUGCACAGUGCAAACGGCUUUUUUGAGGUUUGCACUGUGCGUAAAGAGAAAAAUGAAGAAUGCACUGUGCAUUUGCGACAAGCAUGGGAAAAGGUUCAAAAUGCACUGUGCGGAAAAAAUAAAAGUUGGGAGAGCGGGCGGAGGGGAAAUUUGGGACUUUUUCGGCUAUAACUUGGUGAAAUUUUGAGUAAAAAAAUUGUUUUUUUUUUUUGUAAAGAUCCUACAAACUGGAUGUGAAACAGAAUGCCAAUUUUUCGCCAUCCAGAAAAUCGCUGAAAUACGUCGAUUUUUUGGCAAUUUUUGAUCUAAAAACGUCUACUGUUCAUGUAAAAAGCAGGCUUAAAAUCUCGUAAUCCUCAUAAAAAUUAAUCUCUGAGGUUUUGCCAAGUUUUCCCAAGGUCUAAAUUUUCAAUUUUUUUAGUAAAAAAUGAAACACCUAAAAAGUGCAAAAAAUCAUUCCCUAGAAUCCAAAAAAACCGUUUCCAUGCUAAUUUCGGAAUUCUCACCAUGUUGAGGUCAGUGGUGUCAAGGUCUCGUCUUUUAUGUAAUAUGAAUGAAACGCAAAAAUUAUGCCGGGAAUCAACGCGUAAAUAUGUUUUCGGGUCAUUUAGAGGCUUUCAAGGCUUGUCUCGGUCAUUUCUAAAAUUUUUAACGGGAACGGAGUGCUAUAUGGUGUAUUUUAUAUAGGCCAAAAGAUGUGUUUUUACUAAUAUUUUUACUAAUUCUUUUUUUUCUCUUCAAAAAGAGUCAUUUUUUAAUUAAGAUUGUAUUUUUUCCUCUCGUUUUUGCCUCAUUUUUGCGAUGAGCAAGCUCUUUUCCACUUCCCGGAACUUUAUGAAUCGUAAGAAACAUUUCGGAUUUUCCGCUGGAGCCCCAAAAUUUUUAAAAUGAUUCCUUUUUGUAUUAGACGAUGACUUCUUCCUCUUUUCAUUCGCCAUGAAUGGUUCAAGAGUCUUCUUGAUCGAGCAUCCGCUUCAACAAGUCCGAUUCUUCGAGUCCUGCAAAGUAGAGGGCGGUUUCUUGGAUGAUUCUGAAGGUCUCUUGUCUUCCGGAGGGAGUCUUUUUACGGGUGAAUUUUUGGACUGCAUUUUUUGCAUUGUGCAAAAUUUUAGGGUUUUUUGCACAGUGCAGAUUAAGAUUUUUAACGAAAAAUAAAAAAAAUUUUUUUGCACUGUGCAGAUUGAAAUUUGCACUGUGAAAAAUUUUAUGAUUUUUUGCACUGUGCAGAUUGAAAAAAAUUUUUUUGCACUGUGCAAAUUUAGAAAAAAUGUUUUUUGCACUGUGCAGAUUGAAAAAUUUUUUGCACAGUGCAUAUUGAAAAAAUUUUUUUGCACUGUGCAAAAUUUUAUGAUUUUUUGCACUGUGCAGAUUGAAAAAAUUUUUUGCACAGUGCAUUUUGAAAAAAAAUUUUUGCACCGUGCAGAUUUAAAAUUUUUUUUGCACAGUGCAAGUUUUAAAGAAAAUUUUUUUGCACAGUGCAGAUUAAGAUUUUUUUUGCACUGUGCAUUAACGAAAAGUAAAAAAAAAAUUUUGCACUGUGCAAAUUUUGAAAAAAUGUUUUUUGCACUGUGCAGAUAGAAAAAAUUUUUUUUGCACAGUGCAAGUUUUAAAGAAAUUUUUUAUGCACAGUGCAGAUUAAGAUUUUUAACGAAAAAUAAAAAAAAAUUUUUUGCACUGUGCAAAUUUUGAAAAAACGUUUUUUGCACUGUGCAUAUAGAAAAAAAAAUUUGCACUGUGCAGAUUUAAAAAACACCUUUUGUGCACAGUGCAAACAAAAAAAAAUUUUAUUGCACUGUGCAAAUUUUGAAAAAAUGUUUUUGCACUGUGCAGAUAGAAAAAAAUUUUUUGCGCCGUGCAGAUUUAAAAAAAACAUCUUUUGUGCACAGUGCAAAUAAAAAAAAUCUUUAUUACACUGUGCAAAUUUUGAAAUAGUUUUUUUUUUUAGUUUUUUAGCACGGUGCAGUUGGCUUUUUCCACAGUGCAGAAAUUUCUUUAUUUUUAUGCACAGUGCAAUUCAAAAAAAAAACUUUCCACAUUGCAAAAAACACCUCAAGUUUUGCCUCACUGUAAAAAAACAAUUUAUUUUCGCUCGCAUUCCCAUAAAUUACCUUGUCUUCACGUAUGACAAUUAGCCUUCCGCAACCGGUAUAUUCGUCAUCAGUAUUUGUACAACCCGUCAUUCUAUUAAUCAAAUUUCUGUCCCUUUUCGCUUCAAAUGUCAUGUUCGAUUACGAAAAAGUGGGAAUGCGGAUCCGAAUAAAUCAAAAAAAGACGGAAUAUUUGUUUUGGAAAGAUUUUUUGUGUUGCGAAUGGCAAUUUGCGUCGUCGUGGUUCCUUUGUCUUAAAAGAAUGGUAGUUAAAAAAUUAGAAUGGCUUCGGAUCCGUUAAGGAGCCAAGGCCUUCUGACUUUUUUUGAUUUUUUCGGGUCUAAAAUUAAUUUUUUGAUUUUUCGUAAUUUGCACUGUGCGGUUGGGAAAAAGAGGAAUUGCAUGGAAAAGACAGGAAUUUCUUUGCGUUUUGAAGUAAAUAGGUCGAAUUGGCAGUGAAAUAAACAUCUUUAAGAGAAAAAUUACGUUUAAAGUUCGCCCGCACCGUGCAAUAGGCAUUUUCAAAUUUUGCACGGUGCGAGGAAAAGAAGUUUCAUUUUUGCACUGUGCAGGCCAUUUAUUUUUCCAAAAGUUUAUCAGUAAGAAUUUUUAGAGCCAUUAUAUCAUUUUCAAAUUGUUUUUACCACACUCAGAGUCGAGUUCACUGUGCAAUGGCCACUUUCCUAUUUUGCACAGUGAAAUAAACAGAAACUUAAUUUUUGCACAGUGCAGACCAUUUAUUUUAAAAAAUGUGUCAGUAAGGCUUUUUAAUGUCACUAUGUCAUUUUAAAACCCUUUGUGCCCCACUUAGAAUCCAUUGCACAGUGCAAUGGCCACUUUCCUAUUUUGCACAGUGCAAUAAACAGAAACUUAAUUUUUGCACUGUGCAGACCAUUUAGCUUUUAAAUCCUUUGCCAAUAAAUAUUUCUGGAGCCAUUAUAUCAUUUUCAAACCGUUUAUGCCACACUUAGACUCCAUUGCACUGUGCAAUGGCCACUUUCCUAUUUUGCACAGUGCAAUAAACAGAAACUUAAUUUUUGCACGGCGCAGACUAUUUAUUUUUCAAACAAUUUAUCAGCAAUAAUUUUUAAGGUUAUUGUGCCCUUUUUGAACCGUUUGUACCACACUUAGACUCCAUUGCACUCUGCAACAACCCCAAAAUUUCCUCGCACCGUGCAAAACUCAAGUUCAUCCCGUCCCUCUUUUCUUAGCUCUCCAGAGAUCCCGGAAACAUAUGAUAGCCCCUUCAAAUCGAAUAUUGACCCUAUUUUAUGCGCCCAUAAAAACCUGUUGUACACCACCUUUUCCCAACGCAUAUAAAUAAUGUUUGCUCAACGGAUUCCGUAACCGGAGGUUCUUUAACCGAGCCUCUUCGUGGUUUCAAGAAACUCGAAAGAAAGAAAAGACUAUUCGAACUCGAGUUGUGAGGGCUUACAUUUCGACUUUUGAUCGGGGAAAAAUUAUAUUUUUUUUUUGAGGACUGCACGGUGCGAAAAUUUCUUUUUUUUGGACAAUGCCGUAAGGAGGCCGGAGGGUUUCUGCAUGGGCUUAAUGCAUUUUUUGGUAAUUCUAACUUAGAAAGGACCGACCUCGUAUUUUAAAAAAAGUUUCUACUUUCAAUUUUUACAAAAAACUUUUUUUCAUUUUGCACAGAACAAAAAUUAUUUUGACUUUUUACUCACAAGGGAAGUACCCCAAGUGCGACGCUCAGAUUUUCUUUAAAUUUUGCACACACGUCGGGAAUAGACUAAAUAUCAACUCCUGAAAGUUUUAGCUCGCGCUUUGCAGGCGCCGCCGAGAUAUCGAACGAUUUUUGCCGCCGAGAGAGCACGCUAAAGAUAGAGAGCGGUCAGAGAGAAAAACGCUUUUUGGCUAUAACUUUGGCAGUUUCGCGCGGAAAAAUUUAAUUUUUUGUAGAAACAUUAUCCUUUACGGUAGAAAUAGGCAUGAAACCUUUCGUGCCGAAAUUGUACAAAAAGUUCUAAAUUUUCGCCGACUUUCGAUCUAAAAAUCUCGGUUGUUUCUGCGAAACGCGAGCUGCAAUUCUCGCAUAUAUCUUAGAAAAAAUUAUUCUAAAUUUGUGCCACGUUUCAUCAAAAUCUGAGCGUCGCACUUGGGGUACUUCCCCUGUCAACUGUUUCCUUUGGUUCCAGCUGCAAAUCGACUUGUCACUGUGCGCGUAUUUUACCUCUUAACUUAAAUUUUUAGGCUUGACUAAAAAUUAGUGCGAAGCUUCUAUUUUGAAAUUCCGCACGGUGCAAAAACUUGUUUUCAAAUUUUGCAAUGCAAAAUAAAAAAAACAGAAUUUUCUUUGCAAAUGGAAAAAUUUCGCACUGUGCAAUUUUUAAAAAAUUGCAAUUUUUUUUACAAAAUUAACAGCCGUUUCUGUGUUCCGUAUUUUACCAAUCAAUUUUGUUUUUUAUCCCCUGAACCUGAAAAAAUCGAUGAAAAAACUCCGCACUGUGCAAAAAAUUGAUUUUGAAAUUUUGUAUCGCCUAAUUAAAAAAAUCAAAGAUUCUUUCACAGAGGUCAAACAGUAGGCUGGAUGCACCGUAUUUUACCAAUCAAUUUUGUUUUUUAUCCCCUGAACCUGCAAAAAAUCGAUGGAAAAAUUUCGCACUGUGCAAAAAAUUGACUUUGAAAUUUUGUAUCGCCUAAUUAAAAACAAUCAAAGAUCCUUUAAAAAGUCAAAAAGAACACCCUAACUACGCGUAUUUUACCAAUCAAUUUUAUUUUUCAUCCCCUGAACCUGCAAAAAAUCGAUGGAAAAAUUUCGCACUGUGCAAAAAAUUGACUUUGAAAUUUUGUAUCGCCUAAUUAAAAAAAAUGAGAUUCCUUUUAAAAAUCGAUAAAUUCUGGUGCAGUUCCGUAUUUUACAUAUCAAUUUUAUUUUUCAUCCCCUGAAGCUGCAAAAAAUCGACGAAAAAUAUUCGCACUGUGCAAAAAAAUGAUUUUGAAAUUUUGUAUGGCCUAAUUAAAAACAAUCAAAGAUUCUUUCACAGAGGUCAAACAGUAGGCUGGAUGCACCGUAUUUUACCAAUCAAUUUUGUUUUUUAUCCCCUGAACCUGCAAAAAAUCGAUGGAAAAAUUUCGCACUGUGCAAAAAAUUGACUUUGAAAUUUUGUAUCGCCUAAUUAAAAACAAUCAAAGAUCCUUUAAAAAGUCAAAAAGAACACCCUAACUACGCGUAUUUUACCAAUCAAUUUUAUUUUUCAUCCCCUGAAGCUGCAAAAAAUCGACGAAAAAUAUUCGCACUGUGCAAAAAAAUGAUUUUGAAAUUUUGUAUGGCCUAAUUAAAAACAAUGAAAGAUCCUUUAAAAAGUCAAAAAGAACACCCUAACUACGCGUAUUUUACCAAUCAAUUUUGUUUUUUAUCCCCUGAACCUGCAAAAAAUCGAUGGAAAAAUUUCGCACUGUGCAAAAAAUUGACUUUGAAAUUUUGUAUCGCCUAAUUAAAAAAAUCAAAGAUUCUUUCACAGAGGUCAAACAGUAGGCUGGAUGCACCGUAUUUUACAUAUCAAUUCUAUUUUUCAUCCCUUGAACCUGCAAAAAGUCGAUGGAAAAAUUUCGCGCGGUGCAAAAAUCUGAUUUUGAAAUUUUGUAUGGCCUAAUUAAAAAGAAUCAAAGAUCCUUUUAAAAAGUAAAAAACCGCAUUUUGAUUUACCGUAUUUUACCAAUCACUUUUAUUUUUCAUCCCCUGAACCUGCAAAAAAUCGAUAAAAAAAAAUCCGCACUGUGCAAAAAACAAAAACAGACGAACCCCCUUAUUUCCCAAACUUUGUCCGAAAAUUCCACGGUAUUAGUGCGAAUUUCCCUCCCUGACAUCUGCUGCUUCUCCAACACCCUUCACCGCAACAUAUUCCAUCUUACUUUUUACCGAGUAAAUCUCCCCUUUCUCGGCUCGUCUUUGACUCCCUAAUUCGCGCGUCUCCGAUUCUCUUUUUUCGGGGGGAGUUUCGGCAUUCCGAGGGGCUCGAAUUAGUAAUUUUUUUUAAUCAAUGACCUUGAGUGUAAGUAAAAGUUUCUCACAUUUGGAAAUCGCUUUUUUUCGGCGUGAGGAGAGAGGGAGACGGCUAAUUUGGUCGAAUUUUUGAUGGAAAAUUGAGGUUUUUUCGAUGGCUUUUGAAAAUUUUUUUUAUGUGAUGACUACAUAGGCCAUUAUAUCGUAUUUUAAGACUAAUUUUUGUUAAAAAUUUUGAAAUUUUAAAAAAUUUUCAAAAAUUAAAAUUUUUUUUUAUUCUUUUUUUUUGAUUAAAAUAAGAUGAAAAUUUUGGCAAUGCCGUAUUUUACCCUUUAUUAUUUAUAAUCCUUCAAAAAAAUCGCAAAAUACUUCAAAAAAUCAAAAAAUUCAAAUUUAAAAAAAUUUCCCCUUAAGCGGUAAAUCUCAAAAAUUCUGCAAAUUUAACGUCCCCAGCCUCAGUAGGUCAUCGCGAAUUUUCUCAAUCCCCCUUUUAUUCGGUUGCACUUUACCCGAAAGACUUUCAAAUCCGCACUUAUCCCCGUUUAUCCCCCCGAUUUUCAAAAAUCCCGCGCAAUCGUCGGAAUUUGAACUGACGCCAGCUGGGCGAUUAAUGAAGGCCCCGAUUGUCCAUCGCUCCAAGUCCCCGCACCUUUUCGAAUUGGCGCAUUUAUUCAGACGGAAUUGUUUUCCGCUUCUAAUUGAGUCCAAUUUGAAACACCCAUUCCGCGUUGUUUUUGUGGGGGGAGAUUCGAGAUGAUGUAACCGACUAAUAGGGCGAGCGUGUUGCGUAAGUCACCGUGAUCCACUAUGGGUAAUCAUUUUGGAAGGUUUACGGUAAUUUUUGAAGAUCUUAGUGUUUUGGUUUUUGCACUGUGCGCUCAAGUUUUUAUGAAAUUCUAUACCGUAAAGUGUAAAUUUAAAAAAAUUUUAUGACAUUUAUUGCAUCUACUAGUCAUUCUGCAAAGGUUCAACUUCAUUAUUACCCUUAGGUUACUGUAGUUUUCAAGAUUUGCGCAAUUUUUUAUUUUGCACAGUGCAAAAAUUUUUUUUUGAUUUUCAGCUUGUUCUCGACGAAGUAAGUCUAGCUAUAUUGUAAAUAUGACUUAUCGAGAGUCUCGCAUAACAUACGAUCAACUUUUAUCAAAAGAGUUCCCUCAGCGACAGAGUAAAUUGAAAUUUUUCAUUUUGCACAGUGCAAUUGAUUUUUUUUUGUAUUUCGCACGGUGCGAUGGGCAAAAUUGGGAAAAAAAUUUUUGUCCCAAUUUUUUAUCCUCUGUGAGCUUCGUAUCUUUUGUAAUUUCAGUUUUUACCCUUCAUUUUGCUCAGUAAUUCACCUUUCUUUCCAUUGCACAGUGCGAUUUGCCUCUCCAAAACUUUGGUCAUAAAAUCGCACUGUGCGGUCGCCAAAUCGCUUUUCUUUGUCCAAAAACUUCUCCUCCCAUUACUAGUCAUUAAUAUCCGAGCCACAAUCGAUGACUUUCGACUCGUUACGACCCCAUUCGAACGCUGAUCUCUAUUUAUUUUCCGUUGACACGUUUCAAGUCUGGAGAAACUUUUUUUUUUUCACCGCUCCGCUUGCGAACGAUCCGUUUUGGGGAUGUUCUGAAAGGCGUUGCGCAAUCUGCCCGUCUUCCCAUUGUUCGAUCUUGUUAUUCUUUUGACUUUUCUUUGCAGCAUCGACUUGAGAGGGCUUUUGGUCCCGUUUAUGGGCAGAAUAUUGUAAAAAAAUUGCGGGAAAUGACAAUAAAGGCUUUAUAUAAAAAUCCACGAGCAUUUUCAGCCUAUUUUUUCUUGGAAUUUUUCAGAAAUUUUUGAUUUUUUUGGAUUUUUUGGAAACAUUUCCUCAGGCAAAAUUUGAAAUGACCUUCAAAAAUGAUUUUAGAAUAAAUUCAGCCGACUUUUUCUUGGAAUUUUUCAAAAAUUUUUGAUUUUUUUUUUGGAUUUUUUGUAAAAAUCGCCUCAGGCAAAAUUUGAAAUGACCUUCAAAAAUGAUUUUAGAAUAAAUUCAGCCGAUUUUUUCUAGGGAUUUUUCAAAAAAAAAAUCAUUUUUUAAAAUUUUUUGGAAAAAUUGCCUCAGGCAAAAUGUGCGAAAGUCUUCAAAAAUGAUUUUAGAAAGUUGAAUAUCCUUUAUUACGGUUUGAUCUUCACCUUUUCAUCGGUUUCCCUACCCCCAUCCCUUUUCUUUAUGACCUUUUUCGGAACAUGGAUUAGAAGACGUCUAAUACAAUGUUUGCUCACCAUUGGUCACUCUCCCCAGGUCCAAAAACUUUUGCUCGUCCUACACAUAUGUUUUCCUCGCCCCGAGGAAUUAUUUUCCCUUUCUUUGGAAAGGUGUUUGAAAACCGCACGGUGCGGUGGGUUUUUUGUGAACCGCACAGUGCGAUGGAAUUUUCGGGAGCUUUUGCACAGUGCAAGGACUAUACCAGAAAAAAUUGAUGUUAUAAGAUGAUGUCGUAAUGACAUAGAGGUUGUUUGGUCUCAGUAAAAAUUAAUUUGAAACAGUUUCAUAUGGGAUUUUUGGUCAAAAAUGAAAUUUUGCACUGUGCAGUCAAUUUUGCCUUUGUCUGCACUGUGCGAUGGAAUUUUCGGGAGCUUUUGCAUAGUGCAAGGGCUAUAUGAGAGAAAAUUGGUGUUAUAAGAUGAUGUCGUGAUGACGUAGAGGUUGUUUGAUGUCAUCAAAAAUUAAUUUGAAAUAGUUUCACGGGGUUUUUUAAAUAAAGAAAAAAUCUGCACUGUGCGGUGAAUUUUGUUUUUGUCUGCACGGUUCGACAAACAAAAAAUUGUUAAAUCUUUUUUUACUGAGUGCUACAGUAAUUCAUUUGCAAUAUUAUAAGUUAAUUUUUCUUUGCAUUACACAAUGCAAACAAGAUUUUUUGCGAAAAUAAAAAAUUUUGCACAGUGCAGACAAAAAUUUUUUUUUUCACUGUGCAAAAAAACCCAAACCCUAAAAAAUUAAAUUAAAAAUUCGGUUCUCUGAUCCAUCUAGUAGCCCAUCUUCCCUUUCCCCCAUCCGAAUUUCAACACUCGACGAAACCGAAAAUUGACCACGAAACUGGAUUUUCCAGCUACCAUUUUCUAAUCCUAAUUCGGUUCAUUUUUCCUUCUUUCAUUAAGUUUUUGGGGGACGAGUAAUCAAGCCCGUUACUCACCGUCCUCUUAAUUAUUCCGUAAUCUUCGACCAUUUCCGAGUUUAUUUUCAGUCGUUGAAAAAAAUGUGUUUCAGAUCGGCGAAGCGAUUUCUGGACCCGAUUUUGGACGGAGGGUCGGUUUCACGCGAAUUCGAGAGACUCUCACGGUUUGGCCGAGCCAACGGUGUGGACCAUAGAAGGAGCAGAAGUGCGCAUCCCACGAUUUUGGGAGAUAUGGCUUAUCGGUAAGGGGAAUAUGGCAAAUUUUGGUGGGAAAGACCGGAAAAACUUUCAAAAAAGUAGAAAAUUUUUUUUUAUAAUAUUUUGAACCUGUUUCGAACAGUUCUGACCUAUUAGAAAAGCCGCAUUUUACAAAAAAAAAUUUUCAAAAAAAAAAAUUUUGCACUGUGCAAAAAUUUUUUUGCCUAUUUUUGCACAGUGCAGUCCCAAAAAAUCCCAGAGUCCUCUAUAAAUCUCAUUUUACCAAAAAAAAUUCAAAUUAAAGCCUUUUCUAUCAAAUAAAAAUUCAUUUUUUUUCUUUCAGCCACAAGCCUCGAGCUUCUUCCUCGAGUCACCACUCGGUGGAGCCCAGUCUGCCGGAUCGUUUAGCGUCGGCGUUGAAGUCGUUGAGGCCUCAUCUAAAUCAUGGUCAGAAUAACAAUCGACAGAAGGUGGGUUAAAUUAAUUUUUAUGGUAAAAUACGGCUGGCUGACUGCAAAAAUUAUGGGGUCCCAAAAAAUGCACUGACUACAGAGUCUUGACAACUGCACUGUGCGAAAUUUUGAAGUUAAAAAAAUGCACCGUGCAAAACUCUAGGGCUUCUAAAACAGCACGUGCGAAAUUUCAAAGCCCAGAAAAUUGCACUGUGCGAAAAAGCAAAUUUUUAUAGCACUGUGCAAAUAAUUCCAAAGUUUCAGUCGAUGGUCGUGGACGCUGAUGAUGUUGUUUACUUCGCGAAUAAUGAACGUAUGACAAAUUCGGAUUACAUUGGGAAAGGUGGACAUAUGUGUAACGAAACUUGCCGACAUCAGGACCAAAUCGACGAUGGUGUUGAGAUGGGCAAUUAUAAAGAUGUAAGUGCUGUCAAAUCUUUGUGCAAUGGCUUGUAAUGGGUAAAAAAAUAUGUUUUUUUUAAUGUAAAAAGCUUUGUUUUGGUUCAAAUUACCCUAAAAUUUCACUUUCCGAGUUUUGAAAUUCUCCGUUAUGGGAGGGGUUUUGCUGUAGGGGAGUUUGUAACACAAUGUAAAAUACGUCUGCCCGAUUUUUCCUUCAAUUUAUAUUUCUUUUCAAAACCUCCACACGUCCCUUCUGUUUGCCCAUAUGAUUACCAGUCUUUGUCGCUUUUCCAAUCCCCCUCAGCCGUAUUGUAUUGUCGCCUUUUUUCAGUCAAAUCCAAAGACAAGACUGCAAAGUGCACCUCCGGCAGAACUAAAGACACUGGAUGAUCUACGGCAGCUCUAUCGAAAUGUCCCCACUUCGGAUGGGGACGAGGAUUUAGAAGCAAAUAAUGCGUAAGUGGAAAUUUGCCGAAAUGUUAUGUAACCUGCGAGAGAUAAGCGAAAAAGUUAUACAAGGAGCCCUUUUGGUAGAAGCAAAAGGGAAAAUCCAUCGUGAAAUUUCGAUCAUUUUCAACCGAAAACCCCUGGUUUUCGGGGUAAAAGAGGCCUUUUUCAAAAGGUUGCAGCGACCUCAGUUUGCAUUUAAAAAUCUUGUCAUUUCGUACGCAAAAAAUAAUGUCGCUUAAAAAUAUAAUACAUACUCCAAAAAGGAACUCUCUGCGCCGCCUCCGCCGAAAGUUAUAGCCUCCUGCUUUCCUUCACGUUUCUUGAAAGACUGUCACGACUUAGCUAUGAGUCGUGGUGUAAGAUGGCCCUUAACUUGCCCGCUACUACUAGUAUUCACUACCUAACCUGAUAACGCAAACUAGAGGACUCAGGCAAUAAAACUGUGAACUCACGAUAUUGACUCCAGACGAUGUGACCAUAGACAAAUCAAUAGACAAAUAGUAAAUAUAGUAGACUUUAUUGGCCACAACAGCAUAAGCAGGAAAAGACAAAACACAAAUUAAUAUGCUAAUAAUUGGCGAUUUCUCUUCCUUUUAUACCAAUUUGUCGGUCAUUCCGUGGGAGUAUGCAAAUUCGCACGCGAAGUCGUGACACUCCGGGGGCCACUUGCUCUUCUCCAUCAGCUGGCCUGAUGCGAUCAUAGCUAAGUCGUGACAAGACCCUGUAAAAAGCAAUUUGAUUCUGCUGCGACACAAUUCAUUUUCCCGGCGGCGAUGCGAUUUUCGAUGCAAUAGUGUGCUCAUUAUUUUCCGAUAGAUUGAAAAAAAUGCUGUAAAAAAAAAUCGUCAUUGGCCAAUUCCAUAUUAACCUCAUCCACUUCAGAUUCAAGCCCAAACGAACCUCGAGUGCCAAUUUCAACUCCAUCGAGCUGAAGCCUCCGGUUCCCUCGUCCUCUCCGCCCGGCUCACUUUCUCCCCGAUCGCCGGUCGUCAACGCCAGCUUAACCUCUUCUCUCUCGAGUUCAGCCUCCUCCUCGCGAUCGGCCGCCGACUCCGGCUAUCGCUCGCAUAAGCGGCUGCAAAAGGACCUGGAGAACAACAACACACCGGAAGUUUCGAUGGUCUACGUCAAUGACGGGAGUUUGUCAUCGACGGAGCUGCUGAAACGCGAGAAAAAGAAGGCUGAAAAUGCGGCAACGAAGAAAAUUACGGUUGUUCAAGUUUCGCAGAGUGUCUCGGCCGCUACACAAUCAGAUAUUCAGGCGUUCCGACCGGAGCCUUUCAAGGUACCCUUCACGUAUACGACCAGUGAUAUUCGACAAGUUAUUGAGCAGACUGUGCCGGCGCUGAGUCAGGGCUUCAGCAAUGAGAUCUUCAUGAUGUUGUUGACGAGAUUUCGGCAUUCCAUGGAUUUGUUUGCAAGCGAGGUCAGGAGAAAUAUCGGGCCGUUUGUGAAGUGCGCUGUGAGGGAUAUUAAUCUGACUUUGAUGGUAAGAAACGUUUUCAAAGUGAAGUAAAUGGCUUUGAAAUUAGUUUUAAAACACAUUAGAUUUAACUUAGAGGCAUCUGAGGGGAGCUAGGUGUAAUUUUAACCUCAAGGGGAAGACUUGACCCAAAGCCCAAAGUGUCAAGUCUUCUCCUUAUUUUUGAAAGCGCUGAAAUUGGCUUCUUUUUGAUUUUGUAAAUGUAAAAAUAAAUUUAGCUCUGUCUUAAACGGAAAAGAUGCAAUUUUAACUCCGAGGGGAAGACUUGACCCAAAGUGUCCAAAAGUGUCAAGUCUUUCCCUCUUUUUGAAAUUGAAAAAAAUUUACUUCCUCUUUAUUUUUAUAUUUAAAAAUAAAUUUUGCUCUCUCUAAAAGCGGCCGUAAACCUUUUUACCUCCAAAAGGAACACUUGACACAAAGUGUCAAGUCUUUCCCUCCUCAAAAAAACCGCGGAGAUCUCCUACUUCUUAAUUUUUAUAUAGUAAAAUACGUUGGGAACUCAUCAUAGAUUACAUUUUCAGUCUCUACUUCCCGAGAAAAUCGCCUAUGUCUGCAUGGACUACGCAGUUCAGACCUUGGCCUUCUUCUCAAAUUCAGCGUCAUUUUCCAAAAGUUUAGAGGCCAGAGCGUCGCUAAAAAUGAACGUCGGCAAGAUGUAUCGAUGGAUGAAGCUGUCCGGACUCACAGCCAUCGUUGUGGAUGUGGUAUGAACUUUUUAACGAACCAAAACUUACAUUCACCCGCUUUUUAGACCGCAGUCUAUCUCACCGCGAUUUUCGAACGUCUUUUACUGUCGUAUAUCCAAAACAUCGACAAAAAUCGAGGGACCAGGUCCUUCUCCGAGGUCCUGCGAACUCAUUCCUCAAUGUUCGACGCAUUUACCGGCACAUCUUUGAUGAAUGGCAUCUGCCUGCCUAGGUUCAGGUCCAUGGAGAAGAUAUUGGAUGUUGAUGUGCCAAUGGAAGAUGCGAAAAGCAGAAAAUGGUACAAACGAUGGGUUGAGAAUCACAAGUUGGGGCUGAGGUUUGAUGCGGAUGCCAAGAAUUGUCUCUUUUUCUAUGUGAAAUGCAAUGAAGAGGGGCAGAACUGCAACUGCACCGGGAAACGGUGAGAAUUUGACUGAACUUUGGAGGGAAAUUAAAUGGCUUUAAAAUAAAUUCUUGAACACCUUAGACUAAAUUUAGAGGCAUACGGGGGUAUCUUGGGGCAAUUUUAACUUCAAGGAGAAGACUUGACCGAAGGUGUCAAGUCUUUCCUUCUUUUUGAAAUUGCUGCAAUUGGCUGUUCUUUUAUUUCUAGAUGUAAAAAAUACUCGAAGUGGGGAUGAUUUUUGUUAAAAAUUUCUAGACACCUAACAAAAAAAAUUGUAAUUUUUCAAAAAAAAAAUUUUUUUCAUUGUUUUUCAUUUUCAGCCCAACUUUUGACGACUGGAUGGAGACCCUUCUAAAUCUUUCGGAACAUCGAAAUACCCUGCGAAUCACCCGCUCAGACGUCAUGGAAACCGCUAGGAUCCUGAAGGUUGUGGACCGGCUGCCGCAACGGCCCGCCACCGACUUUGUUGACAGCUCGGAUUGCCUCGAAUGGCAAUGGCUGGACCAGACAAGGCUUUGGGAAGUGGAUCAAGCCGAGAGACGGAAAAUUCUGGGACUCUGUGAUCUUGGGAGGACCAAUUCUCAUGUGAGAAUUUUUUUAUUUCUUUUUUUUUUUUUUUUUUUUGUAUUUUGCACUGUGCAGACAUUUUUUGGUUUUGUUUUUUUUGCACUGUGCAGAGAGUUUUUAUGAAAAUUUUUUGUUGCACAGUGCAAAAAAGAUUUUUUUUUGAAUUGCACCGUGCAAAAUUUAUUUUUUUCUUGCACAGUGCAGUCAUUCUGCAAUUUUAAAAAGUCGUGCUGCACUGUGCAAAAAAAAAUAAAAAAAGCUUGCACUGUGCAAAAAAAUAAAUUUUUUUCGACCUCUAAAAAUUGUAUUUCGAGAUUUUUUAAAAUUUUUGCAUAGUGCGAUUUUUUUGUAACAAAAUUUUUUUGCACCGUGCAAAAAAUUUUUCGAAUAUUUUUGCACUGUGCAAAGAAAAUUUUUUUUUACAAAACACCAAAAUCUUUCCAAUUACAUCUAAACUUAUUUUCAGGGCCUUUCCUGUCUCUCCCGUUGCAUUCUUAAUGGAAAUAAUGGGGCUGCAAAUCUAAUAGUGCACAAAACGAACGCCCACCUCGAUACUCCUAUAGCACCCGCCAAUUUGAAAGGACCUCACAAAAAUUGCAAAUUAUUCGACGAUUUCUUGGGCUGGACCCCGCUGUUUUGGGCCAUAGCGAAGGAGGAUGCGGAAAUGGUCAAAAAAUUGCUGGCGCAGAAUGUGCAUGUCAAUGCUGGAUGGAUGCGGCGGGAGACGCCAUUGCAGGUGAGUUUACUGAGUAAAAAACACAUGUUUUGGGAGUCAGUAGAGUUCAUAGAGUUCAGUAAUGCUUGUUUAUUAUUUUUUAGCAAUUUAAAAAAUUUUUGAAAUUUGCACUGUGCGAAAAUAAAAAAGUUGCUUUUGCACUGUGCAGAUCAGAUUUUUGGCCUAAAAAACCUUAAAGCUUAGUUGCCAAGGCAUGAUUUUUGUGCUACAUAAAUUCUUUUGUGUUCUACUCGCUGUGCUAAAAAAGAAAAUUUUGAAUUUCCGUUUGCACCGUGCAAAAUUUUGAAAUCUUUUUUUUUGCACUGUGCGAAAAACAUUUUCACUCAAAAAGUCGCAGAAAUCAAAAGAUUGAUAAAAAUUUUGGCGCCACGUAACUUUCUCCCACCUUAUUUGAUAUUUUACAGAUGACAAAAAUUGUUAAACUUUAUUGCACCGUGCGAAAUUUUGAGAUCUUUUUUGUGCACAGUGCAAAAUAAUUUUUCACUCAAAAAGCCAAUUUGUUAUGCCCUUGGGCGAUAAUUUUUUUACUGCGUAAAAUUUAUUAGAUAUAUUCAAGACGCCAGUAUAUAAAAACCAAAAUUUUUUUGUGCACUGUGCAAAAUUUUUAAUUUUUAUUUUCCGCACUGUGCAAUUUUCUAAAAAAUUUUUUUUUGCACAGUGCAGACAAAACUUGUUUAUUUUCCACUUCCCAAGCGCUCAGAAACACCUUCAGCCUAAAUAUUAACUGCUCAUUUUUCAGCUAGCCGCCGCUGUUGGCGCUCCAGAAGCGGUCCACCAACUUCUCAAGCACCGUGCGGACGCACAUUUCACCUCCGUCGAUUACGAGCACAAAGAUCAGCAGAAUGUGGCGGGCGCUCCAUCAGCGUUGGCAAUGGCAGCAGCUGCUGGAAAUUCCAAGGCGUUUAACUUGGUCCUAACCGAGCUGCGAAGGCCCACAUUUAGCAGGGAAGAUCUCCCAACGUCGAUUUCCGAGGGAAAAGGAAAGCUCAAGGAUUCGGCGGAGGAAACAACGCAGACUGUAAAUUAUGCGGAGUCGUCAAAAAUGACGCAGUUGGUAAUGCGGGUAAGUUUUUUUGUUGAUUUUUUUCGAUUUUUGAGUUUGAAAUUUUAUGAUUUUUUUGCACUGUGCAAAAUUUUUUUUGGUGCACAGUGCAGUUAUGAAAAAAAAAAAUUUUUGUACUGUGCGAGUUUACUGAGUAAAAAACUUGUUUUGGGAGUCAGCAGAGUUCAGUAAUGCUUGUUUAUUAUUUUUUGGCAAUUUGAAAAUUUCGGAAAUUUUGCACUGUGCGGAAAUAAAAAAAAUUGUUUUUUGCACUGUGCAGAUCGGAUUUUUGACCUAGGAUAUCGCAGAGCGGAGCAGAAAAAACAUGAUUUUUGUGCUAUGCAAAUUCUUUUGUGUUCUUUUGUAGUGCUAAAAAAGAAAAUUCGGAAUUUUUGUUUGCACUGUGCGAAAUUUUGAAAUCUUGUUUAUGCACAGUGCGAAAAAUCUGUAAAAGUUUUUUUGCGCACAGUGCAAUGACUGAAAAAAAUCUUCUUUGCACCGUGCGAAAAAUUUCGCGAACUUUUAUUUUGUGCACAGUGCAGUGACUAAAGAAUUUUUUGCACUGUGCAAAAAAUUGCGCUAAAAUUUUUUUGUGCACAGUGCAAAUCCGAUUAAAAAAAAUUUUUUUGGGAUAAAUUGAAGCUUUUCAAAAUGAAAUUUUUUCCUUAAUAGCUCAAAAAAUUGAAAACUUUGCACCGUGCAACUAAAGAAAAUUGGAUAUUUUCCACCCAAAAAUCGUUUUUUCUUCAGGAAGCCCUUUAUUACGCCGUGGAAUGCGGUAACUUGGAGUUGGCUUUCGAUUUGAAUUUAUUGGGAGUAAAAUGGACGAUAAAUUUGUGGACCAAAUGUCUGGAAUGGGCCGUGCAACAAAAGUCGAAUCAAGGCGUUAGAUUGGUUUUGGAGAGUUUUAAUCAAAGGCAGCUGCGACAAGCGCCACUUCAAGCCCUCGAGGGAUUCAAUCGGAAGGUAAAAAUUUAAUUUUUUUGAGAAAAAUUUUAAAAAAUUUUGCAAAAAUUUUAUUUUUUUUUAAAAUUUUUGUGAUUUUUUUUGAAUUUUUUAGAUUUUUUUUUAGAAUUUUUGAGAUUUUUUUUUAAUUUUCUGGGAUUUUUUUUGAAUUUUUUAAAUUUUUUUUUUGAAUUUUUGAGAUUUUUUUUUAAUUUUUGGGAUUUUUUUUAUUUUUAAGAUUUUUUAAAAUUUAAAAAAUUUUUUUUUUAAUUUUUGAUGUUUUUUUUUAAUUUUUUUGAUUUUUUUUGAAUUUUUGAGAUUUUUUUUUAUUUUUGGGAUUUUUUUUAUUUUUAAGAUUUUUUAAAAUUUUAAAAAUUUUUUUUUUAAUUUUUGAGGUUUUUUUUGAAUUUUUAGGAAAUUUUUUGAUAAAAAAUUUGAUGAAAAAUUUUUUUAAAUAUUUUUUUUUUUCAGUUAUUCGACAUCGUUGAGCUCGAUUUCACCGAUCCAUUCACGGACAAUCCCGUUUUCGCCCAACUUUUGAAGCUCAUUUCCUCCAUUUUCAAAGGAUUCCACACUGAUGUUGAGGACCGAAAAGACAACUCCUCAUCAGACAUCUCCCCAUCCAAGCCUUGUGGCGUAAUGAUUGACCCCAAGUAUUGUGAUAACGAGAAAUUCAGCGAUGUGAAGUUUGUGGUUGAUGGGAGAACCAUCUUUGCGCAUAGAAUUGCAUUGGUAAAUGCGAGUCAACAAUUCGAGGCGAUUUUGCAAAAUGGAGUUGACAGUGUGAAGGUGAAUGACAUCAGUUAUGCAACUUUUAAGGUGAGGAAUUUUAAUGAAAAUUAUAAAAAAAUAAAAAAAUUUUUUUUCAAAAAAUAAAAAAUAAAAAAAAAUAAAAAUAAUUAAAAAAAUAAAAUUUAAAAAAAUUAGAAAAAAUAUUUUUUAAAUAAAUAAAAUUAAGAAAACCAUUUUUUGAAUUAAAAAAAGCCGUAAUUUAGUUUUCAAAAAAAAAAAAUAAAAUAAAAAAAAGAAAAAUUUUUAAAUAAAAAUUUUUUCUGAAAAAAAUAAAAAAAAAUAUUUUUUAAAAUUAAAAAAUUAUUAAUUUUUACAAAAAAAAAACAAAAAAAUAAAAGUUUUAAAAAAUCAAAAAAUCUCAUUUCUAGGCCCUAAUUGAGUUCGUAUACGGAAAGCGCGCCGAAUGUCUCAAACAUAUCUCAGCUGAGCCAAUUUCCGAACAACUGAAGGCAAUCCAAUCGGCGGAAAGAUUCGGAUUGUCCGAGUUAUCCGAACUGAUCGUCAAAGCAAUCAGCGAUCAUAUCGAGGUCGUCAAUUGCUUAUCGAUAUAUCAGCAUGCUAUUGUAGGUCGAUAUUUUAGUUUUAUUUUUUUUAUUUUCAUUCCAUCCCUCAAAACCUUACAAAAAUUCCAAAAAACAACUUUCCAGAAGACCGACAACACCCGCCUGCUGAAGCGCGUGGAGCCGUUCAUCCUCUGCCAUCUGGAGGAAAUCCUCGGCCGCAGCUCGCGCCAUCGUCUCGAGUUCAUCCAAAUGAACAAAACCUUCGACCUCACGCAACGUUUAGCCAUAUAUUCGAAUCGCACCGUGCGCCAAAUCUUUCACAACUUCGAGUCCGAAGAGCUUUCCGUCCACAAACUGUAA